CACGAUUUAUAUACUUAGCAAUAUAUCUAUUCCUUAAUGUAUAUGGUGGAUCAGUUUCUAUAUUACGGAAGAAGCUGCAUUGAAACACGAUCGGUGGCAUAGAAUCAUACUCUCCAACCUGCCCACACACUAGUCAUAUUAAGGCUAUUUUUGAUACAUAAUUGGCCAGAUUAUUCAUAACAAGAAUGCCAAAGCAUUUUUGUUGCAUCGUUUGGAAAUAACAAUAGAUUAUCUAUAGAAGAGAAACAUUAUCAAUUCAGUAUAUACACUUUACCUAGAUGGCAAGACUACAUUGAAGCUACAAGAUUAAUAAUUCCGUUUAAAGAUGUCGGAUGAAACUCUCGCAUUAGUAUUGGAUACAGGGUCCUAUAGCACUAAAAUAGGCUAUUCAGGAGCUGAAAAACCACAAUGUGUGUUCAGGACACUCUGUGCCUACAAACAAGGCGAGGAAUUAGUCGUUGGACAGGCAGCUUUAAACCAUGUUGAUUCAAGUACGAUUAUAUCACCAUUCAUCCAUGGCAUUGUGCGUAAUUGGGCACUCGCUGAACGUAUUUGGAAACAUGCUUUCGAUAACGCACUUAAAGUGCCUCAAACAUCACACCCAUUACUUCUUUCGGAGCCUCCAUUAAAUCCUAAACUGCAUAGGGAAAAGUGUGCGCAACUGCUCUUCGAGGCAUUUGAGGUCCCGGGGUUGUUUAUUUGUCCCAGUUCACUUAUGGCGCUUUACGGCUCCGGUAAGACCUCGGGGCUUGUAGUGGAUGUCGGUGAAGGUGUAUCGCAUGCUGUACCUGUACUGGAAGGAACGCCAUUGCCGCACGCUGUUCAACGUCUGGAUAUUGGUGGGAGCGAUUUGACAUCGUUCCUGGUAUCCAAAAUACCGGAACUUAAUCCUUCAUUAUACCAAAGCAGGAUUAUCGCAAAUGACAUUAAGUCGGCAUGCUGUUAUAUGGCUUCCAACUACAACCAGCAACUGCAGUCUGUGGAGAAAAGCCCUGCGCAGUUUACAAAAAAGUACUCUUUACCUGAUGGUAACGUCAUAUCGCUGGGUAAGGAAGUGUUCCAAUGCCCAGAAAUUAUACUUGCGCCGCAUUUAUUUGGACGAUACUGCCCGUCGUUGAUUGAUGUGGUCUGCCACAGUGCGCGCAGCUGUGAGCCGGAACAUCAUAAAACUAUGUUUACCAAUAUACUUCUCACCGGUGGAAGUACUAUGUUUGAUGGAUUUUUGCAGCGUUGUGAAAAGGAGCUCAAAGAGGCCACCCACGAUAACGUUUCGCUGAAGGUUAUGCACAAUAUCCCUAACCGUGAUAUAGCAGUAUGGACAGGGGGUUCCAUUGUCGCAUCACUUUCUUCGUUCCAACAAAUGUGGGUUACCAAAGAAGAAUAUGACGAGUCGGGUCCAACGGUUGUACAUCGCAAAUGCUUCUAGUGUGGUAAAAUUUUCAAUGAAACCAUUGGUUAUACACUACAUAAGAUUGCAUCUUAUCGUGGGUAUAUGCUAACCAUGGCAUUGAAAUAUUAUCUAAAGAGACAA